GAAGGGCUAGAUCCGCUGGUCCUUAUCGUCGACAUUCAAGCUUGGACUCAAGAGAACAAACCAUUGCGAAUGGACGACGACAAAUCCAAGCUUUGGCUACUGCGCUGAGACUUUCGGAUCACCUGAUGGAAGCUGCGCAAAGAUAUUUUAACCUUGCGAUUACCAACAAUUUCAUCCAGGGUCGGAAGACCCAACUUGUCGUCGCUGCUUGUCUCUACAUUGUAUGUCGUACAGAGAAGACCAGCCAUAUGUUGAUCGACUUCUCGGAUAUUUUACAAGUGAAUGUUUUCACGUUAGGAUCUACAUUUUUGAAAUUGGUAAGGACGCUUCAUCUUGUUCUUCCAUUGGUUGAUCCAUCAUUAUACAUCUCGAGAUUCGCAUCCUUGCUGGAAUUUGGGGAAGAAACUCCAAAAGUAGCUUCAGAUGCAAUGCGCCUUGUGCAGCGAAUGGACCGUGAUUGGAUGCAGACAGGAAGAAGGCCUGCUGGUAUAUGUGGAGCAUGUGAGCACGAAUUCAGUAUAUUUGAGGCUUCGUCAAUUGAAACUCACCAGAUGACAAAAGUGAGAUGGUGCGUUUCUAUUGGUGAAUCCCGUUUGUUGAUUUCCGCUCGGAUGAAUAACUUUCAGAGAAGUAUCAAGGAAGUCAUUGCCGUCGUGAAGACAGCAGAUGUGACCAUUAAAAGAAGGCUAGAAGAAUUCAAAGUUACCCCCACGGGUAAGCUUUCUGUCCAAGACUUCAGGAAUAUAUGGCUCGAACCACAAUGCGAUCCUCCCUCAUUUACGCGGGCAUUAAAGUCGGCAAAAUUACCCAAAGACAAUCGGCAAGUAGCUGAUUCGACAUUAAGAGAAGUGGACGAGAAUGACGAAGUGACAGCUGGCUCAUCAAGCGGUGAUGCCGGUUCAAAAAGAAAGAGGGGUCUCACCGAUUUUGAUGGAGAUGAAAUUCAGUUACAAACCGAAUUUUUACAGGAAAUUUUCGACCUUGACGGGAACAGCUCUCAAAAUAUUCCGACGUCACAAAAUGAUGAGACGGUAGGUAAAAGAAGAAAGAGAGAUACCAACGUUGAAGAAGAAGGUCCUCCAGCGCGUAUAGAUAAAGGCAAAAGGCCGAUGCAUGACUUGGAGGAAGAAACAGAUCGCGCGUUGGAGGAUGAAGUGAACUCCUUCCUAGGUGAUAAGUACUUGCAGAAAGUUAGUACCGACUUGGAAGAAAGAUCUCGCCAAAGCUUUACUUCAGAUGAUGAAGAUGAUGAAUCUAAUGGCGAUAGUUCUCAACUGACUGAAGAGUUAGGAUCUGAUCUUGAUGAAGACGAAGAAGUAAGAAACGCAAUCUUAACCGAGGACGAAGUCAUACUUAAAACACGGGUCUGGAUGGAGCUAAAUGGGGAGUUUUUGAUGGAGAUGGAGGAGAAAAGGAAGCAGCAAGAGAUCGACAGGCAAAACGGGAUUGGGGUUCGCAGGCAUAAGCGACCAAGAAAAAGCAGAAAUAACGACCUCACUGUGUCUAGCACGCCAGCAGAAGCAGCAAGGAGACUCUUUGAAGAGAGAAAUCUCUCAAAGAAAAUUAACUUUAAGGUAUUGGAUAAUCUUUUGGAGAAUUUAACAGAAAGUAUUCCUACUUCUCCAACAUCAUGGCGGGAUUAUGAUCCUACGAGCAUAAGUGGUUCAGGGAUUGCACGCGGCAUGACUUCAGAAAGAAAUAGAUCACCUGAAGAGGAGGACUAUGGAUGGAAUCGUCGAACUUUAAAGCUUAGCAACAAUAGGGACAAUAGAGAUUUACAAUAUGGAAAUAGUGCCGCAACAACUCCUGGGUUAACUGAAGAUGGUGAAGAUUAUGUUGAAAACGAUAAUAAUGAAUACGAAUACGGAGGGGAUCCUUAUGAUGAUUUUAAUGAAGAUGUUUACUGA